UCUCUGCACUAUGUGACCCAUCGUACAUUGCCACUUGCUUCUUCCAGCAACCAAUCAUGGACACUGAAACGGUUACCCCACAAGAAGCACCCCUGACAGUUAAUGAGCAGGUGAUUGUGAUGUCGGGUCAUGAGACAAUCAGGGUGCUGGAGGUGGGGGUGGACACUCCACUCCCUGUGGAGAAUGCAGGGAAACCUUUGGAAACGACACCAAUGUCCAUGGGAGGAGAAGCUCCCUUGAGCUGCCCUCCAGAGCCCAGUGAAACAGGGAGGAAAGGAGUAGAACAAAACACAGAAAAGACACACGACAAUUCAGGUGGUGAAGUAAAGACAUUAUCGGAAAUAAUUCCCGCACCCAUCCCAGGAGUCAUCCCCUUCAGCCAAGCAGCAAACCAGCAAACACAAACUCUGACACCUGUCACAGUGCAAGCUGCACCACAGGUCUUGACUCAGGAAAACUUAGCAACAGUUGUGACAGGCGUAAUGGUUCCAGCAGGGGCAGUUACUCAACCUCUUCUUAUCCCCAUCAGUAUUGCAGGUCAAGUGGCAAGUCAGCAGGGGCUGGCUGUGUGGACAUUUCCUGCAGCAACGGUCGCUGCCCUUCCGGGACUGACGGCCGCCUCUCCUACUGGGGGAAUUUUCAAAUCACCUAUAGCCAAUCUGCAAGCUGCUGCAGUGCUAAACACAGCCAUACAAGCCCCUUUGCAGCCAGCCCAACCUAUCCAGGCUCAGCAAACAGUCCAGCCACGGCCGCCGGUUCAAACACAGACGGUGUUCCAGCCUCAGACUCAGCCGGCCAUUUUGCCACAGGCCACCACUGCUUCAACGCCACCUGUUGCCAAGCCGCUGGAGGCGCAAACGCAGAUCACAGUUCAGCCGGCGGGAUUUGCCUUUAACCCCGGAAUACUCAGUGCGGCUUCUCUGGGGGCCCCAACUCAGCUCCUCAGUUCCCUGGCUGCCACGCCAGUGAUUGCAAACACUAUUCCCAGUGUGCAAGGGAUAACAGGACAGAUCCUGACGAAUGCACAGGGGCAGGUCAUUGGAACUCUUCCAUGGGUGGUGAACCCAGCUAGCAUCGCCACAGCCAACCCUGCCCCGGCCACACUGCCUGCCCAGAAUCUGCAGGUGCAGGCGGUCACACCGCAGCUGCUGUUAAACGCCCAAGGCCAGGUCAUUGCCACCUUAGCCAGCAGCACCAUCCAGACAGCGACGGCCGUCAGGAAACCGAGCACCCCGGAGUCUCCAGCAAAGAGCGAGGUCCAGCCCAUUCAACCUGCCCCGAAAUUAACUCAGCCAGCUGUGGUCAUCGCAAGCCCUCCCCCUGCAACCAAACUCACUUCUGCUCCUGUCCCCAUCACCAGCUCAGAGACCCCGACAGUCAGCCAGCUGGUUUCCAAACCCCAGCCUCCCAACAGCGGUAGCGAAGAAGAUGGAAUAAACUUGGAGGAGAUCCGAGAGUUUGCCAAGAACUUUAAGAUCCGACGCUUGUCUCUGGGACUGACGCAGACGCAGGUGGGCCAAGCUUUAACUGCGACUGAAGGACCUGCGUACAGCCAAUCUGCUAUAUGCAGGUUUGAAAAGUUAGACAUCACCCCCAAGAGCGCCCAGAAGUUGAAACCCGUCCUGGAAAAGUGGCUGAGUGAGGCCGAGCUACGGAACCAAGAGGGUCAGCAGAACCUGAUGGAGUUUGUGGGCGGUGAGCCUUCCAAGAAGCGCAAGCGCCGCACGUCGUUCACCCCGCAAGCCAUCGAGGCCCUCAACGCCUACUUUGAGAAAAACGCCCUGCCCACAGGCCAGGAGAUCACCGAGAUUGCCAAGGAGCUCAACUACGACCGCGAAGUGGUCCGGGUUUGGUUCUGCAACCGGCGACAAACACUCAAAAACACCAGCAAACUUAACGUCUUUCAGAUCCCUUGAGUGAC